UAGGCCUACGGACAGUCUUGUUUGCUAUUUAGUCUUUGUUGCCUUUUUUGAAGUCCAGAGGAUGUAUAGCAUGGCCCAAUACGAAGUGAAAUCUCCGGGUCCCCAUCUCGGCCCGGGGAUGACUCCUGUGAACGGGAGCGCGCAUGGCGGAGAUCAACCUGGGGCUAAGACACCUGCAUGUCCAACUGGAGGCGAUCCCAUGGACAAGAUUAAGCGACCCAUGAACGCUUUCAUGGUGUGGUCGCGCGGCGAGCGACGGAAGAUGGCACAGGAGAACCCCAAAAUGCAUAAUUCGGAAAUUAGCAAGCGGCUCGGGGCGGAAUGGAAGCUGCUCACUGACAAUGAGAAAAGGCCCUUCAUUGACGAGGCCAAACGCCUGCGCGCGCAACACAUGAAGGAUUAUCCAGACUACAAGUACAAGCCCCGUUGCAAGAACAAGCCACCUAUGAAGAAGGACAAUCCAAUCGGCAAAUACCCACUGACGGCCGGCAACCUGUUGACUGCGGCAGGUGCACAGGGACCUGGCGGAAGCCCCCGAAUGGAGAGCUACGGAUGGGGGUCCGCUGGGGGGUAUGCGGGGAUACAAAGCAUACAGAACGAGCCCCUGGGUUAUAAUCAGCAUCUCCAGCGUUACGAUUUGUCGGCCCUCCAAUAUCCUACUGCCAUGGCAACCGCAAAGACGAAUGGCGCCAACUUUUACAGCCCCAUGUCAUACAGCAGCAGUGCCCAGCAGCCUGCCCCGGUGAUGUCCAUGGCAAAGGCAGAGCCUGUAUCACACUCCCCCACGGCCCCCCCGCCUCAGCACUGGGGGGCCCUUCAGGGGGACUUACGAGACAUGAUUAGCAUGUAUAUCCCUGGAGGCGAGACGAACGACUCACAGAGGGGGUACCCCGGAAUCCAGCAGCAGUACAUAGGAGGGGGGGUGUCCCACCCCCACAUGUGAUAUGAUGACGUGCGCCGAAAGAUACAGACAGGAAUGCUGAGACACCUGUGCUGGCACCUGCCUCCCUCACCCGAGUCUCUCGAGAUGUGCUCCCUCUGCGCAUCUCUACGGGGACCCCUCUGUCUUUUGGUUAUAUUGAUUUGGUGAUGUGUAAGAGGCGCUUAUUGCUGCCGAACAGACCA